CCAAACAGUCAGCAUACUUUUUUCGAGAUGCGUACGGCUGAGGGUGAGCUUACCCAGGAUGGCACCUACUCCGGCCUCGUAUAGCCCCUGUCAGAUCGGCGUACGCGCGAAGGAACUCCCUUUGCGCCCUCGAACGCACCCAAACUCCUCUCCUCCAUCACAUCACUCCUUGCCCUCGCCCACGGCCAGCCACGAUGCCCGCGCCGCCGCCCCUUCCCACUCCCGGCACCCAAGCCUACCUCGCCCACCGCCGCGCCGACAAGCUGCCCACCCCGCCCGGCACGCGAUCCGCCAGCCCCGCCGGCACCUACAACGCCCCCUUCCUCGCCCUUGGCCUCGGCGCCACAAACAUGCUCGCCAUGCUGUGGACGUUGUGCGCGGGACAUGGCGCCGUCGGCGUCGAGCUGCGCGGCGACCCCUCCCUCGGCAUCCACUGGAACGUCCGCGAGGCGCUGUACCACCAGCUCGGGCGCAUCGACGCGCUGAUGCUCGCGCGGUACGGCGAGGGCGGCGUUCCGACGCUGGCGGACGGGACGACGAGGAUGCAGCUCGCGAAGCUGUUUUACAGCGCGGAGACGGUGGCCGGGGAUGUCAUUGCGGAUAAGAUCGUUGCGGGGCACGACGGCGAGAAGCAUCUUGCGGGGCGGAUCCGGCACGUGGAGUUUGUGGAUGAUAGGUGGAAGAAGGGCCGGCCGCGGCGCGUGGUGAGCGUGCUGGAGAGUCCAAAGAUUCCAGGGGCGCCGUGUGAGAGGGAGAUUGGAGGGAAUAUGCGGGAGGUGCUGGAGGGACCGAGCACGUGGCAGGCCGAGGCAAAGAGCGUGCUGUUGCUGUUGCGGCGGUAUCUGGAGAAAGUGGAGGCGAUGGAUCUUGCGCGGGCGGAGACGUGCACCGGGUUCACGCCGCGGGUGAGGCUGUUCACGCAGCAUCGGGUCGUAGAGGGUGCGGGGCAGGGUUUCGUGCACAGAGACGAUGGGCGCAUGCAGGUGCUGAUUGAGGAGGUUACUGAGAUCGAGUACAAGGGGGAGACGCGCCGUGUGCGCACGCCCGGGACGCAGACCAUUGAUUUGGGCGUGCCGAAACUGUUCUGCAUCGCGCAGGGGUCCCGAAGCAGCGAUGCCGGGCGGCUGGGCUUUGUGCAGGAGGACGUCCGCGUGGAGCGAGGUGUCGGCGCCAACAAGGAGAACGUGGUCGCGCAGGCAGACUACAUUGCGGGGCUUUUGGAAAUGCUCGUGGACGGGCGACUACGCAGGCGGAUAGCCUCUGAGUUUGGUCCCGCUGGGGACGAGUACUGGGUGCGGCAGAUCGCUGUCGGCCACGAGAACGAUCCUGAAAUCGGGUGGGUGCUGGUGCAAGUGCCCGACUUCAUGGUUUUCUGUCCCGUUGCUGCCGGGCUCGUUCCCGCAGGUACAUCAUCCGAUGCUCCGGAGUACUUUGCAGCCUACCAGCUGCUCAUCUACGACUACUAUAUUUCGCAGGCGGCGUUGAUCCUAGGCGUAGAAGAGGCCGAGCUAAGGCGCGUGCAGAUGCUGUACGGGCCCAAGAUAUUCAGUCUUGUAGAAAAGAUUGGCCGUGAUGCGCGAGUCGCAACCAACGGCGUCGUUGCUGGGGAUUCCUUUGGCAAUGGGCAUUUCCUGACCAGCGCGGGGGCCAUGGCCGGCAUGAUCGGGCACGCGUACCGAUUUCUGGGUUAUUGGAAAGGUAUAGCAGAUGGCAAGAGCGAUGCGGAAUGCAUUGCCACUCUGGCGGCUGGAAUCAAGCGGGACACGGAAGAUCUUCUAGAAGUCAGCGCGAAAGAAUUUGACGAAGCGGUGCCUACAAAUUUCGGAGUGGGCAGAGGGCAGAAGGUUGUCCGGGUGAGCAACGGCGGUGUUGAAGGAACGGCCAUCGACAAUUACGUCGACGCGGUUCCAAAGACGGGCACGAGAACCCGAUACGAGCAGCUACCGCUGAAUCCCAGCGACUGGCGGAGGCUGUUCGUGCGGAAUGGGCGUGUGGUGUCGGACGCGCUUCCGCCGCUGAAGGCACAUCAUCCAGCCUUACAGAAGCAGUCUUUGCGGGCUAUGAUGUGAUUGCAUGGGUUUGUUAGGUUCACAUUAUUUCUCGAGAAAGAAC